GAACAAAACCCGGAAGUAGGAUUUGUUUUGCUUUUGUCGCGGCGGGAAAUCUCAUCGAGGAAAUAAACAAACGCUACACGGUGAGACAUUUUGACCAUGGCGUCCAAGCAGCAGGAUGUGGCCAAAUCUGACAUCUCCCCGGUUCUGUUCAUGACCAUGGACGGUGAACCCAUGGCUUUUUUCUUGAGGCCGGGUCCUGUAAAACGCAAGCUGCAGCCGCUCAUCAAUGCUGGAGGAGGGAUGUUGUCCAAUGUGCAGCAGCCCGGGGCGAUCCUGCUGAUUGACCCAGAGGAAAGACGCUCUGUUCCUGAAAGUGCCGCUCACUGGUACGUGUCCACGCAGUACAUUCACGACUGUAUUGAGAAGGAUGCGCAGCUGAAUUUAGAGGACUACAGAUUAAAUCCUGAAGUUGUCCCGAGACAGUCACCUCGACUCAACAGAAACAAAGAGACCACUUCUGGACUUUCAGGAGGUACGGUCCCCUACACCGCUGAAGAGGACGCUGCCAUUUUGAGUUAUGUCAGUGAGCACAAGAAAAAGAUCGGGGGAAACCGGCUUUGGCAAGAGAUGGAGAAGCAGCAGCUGACGAGCCACAGCUGGCAAUCGAUGAAAUAUCGUUAUAGAGUUCGACUGGCAAAGAGACAGUCAGAGGUGGAGGAGGUGGAAACCACAGAGGACGACACCGAGGCAGCAGAGGGAGAGACUGAGGUGGAAGGAAAUCAGGAGACAGAUGCUGAAAAACCCUCCAGUGCAGAAGAUGCUGCGUCUCCUCAGACACAUUCAGCGGAAUCAGACCAAACACAGAUAGAUGUUCAGUUGAUACCAUCUGAGACCACACAACCAGAAAUCGUCGAAGCUCAGACUUCCAUCUCUCCUGAAGAAGAAGUGCAACAUGUGAACCCACAGGCACAAGAACAGCCAGCUGAAAACGCACAGGUAGAGAACGUAGAAGCUGAAACAUCAAACUCCCCCCAACCUGAGGGACCAAGUUUGGACCCACACACAGAUGCUCAGCCCAUUUCAGCUGAGAGCGCAGAAACAGAUGAACCACAAACAAUUAUCUCUCCACACAAAGAAAGUGUGCCAGAGGACUCACCUCCAGCUCAGCCUGAGUCUCUGCCCAACACCUCUUCUCAGAAAAAGUCCAAAGAGAAGCAGAAGGCGUCCCCUAAGCCCGAACAAUCGCCGCAGCGAUUAACACGCAGGCAGCUUGUGGUCGAGGAACCCUAUGGCAAAAAACUCAGAUCUUCAACAACUUCUCCGGGGCAACCGUCAUCACCUCCCCAGCCCUUAAGGAAAACAAAAUCAGCCGUUAAGUCUGCACUUCAAAAACACAUAACAGUGGAGGAGCCGCCUGCUAAGAGAGCCAGAGGAAGGACUCCAGCAACUGCAGAGAGUCAACAGGAAGAGAGUGGGCACGCUGCCGUCUCUGAAACAGCACAAGCAGAUACAGAGUCUAACUCAGCGCCGCAGGAGGGACAAAAGAAGAAAGAGAAGAGAAAGUUCGGGAUUUUAGAGUUGGCUACAAAAGAGUUUGAAGAUGAAAGUGAGUCUGAUGAGGACGGGGCUCCAGACACCCAAGCUGGGACAGCGACGGUACAGCCCACGUCGACAGAACCUCCACCUGCCACCUCAGACCGAGCUUCAGAUGCUGCUUCCACACAGUCCAAUCUUGAACAUGGCCUCCAGGAGAAUGUCCAAGAGGCCUCCAGUAGCAAAUGCCCACCAGAGACAGUCUGCCCUGAGCCUGCAGCUGCUGAACCUGCAGCCACCAAGUCCGUCAGUGUAACCUCCAAGGCCCACCUGUUCAUAUUCGACAGUGAAUCUCAAAAGGAAGACUCUCAGUCCAUUGUUGGUGACGAUCCAGUAGCUCCAUCUAAAACACAGCCAACAGUGACUGACCAGCCAACACUGACUCAGGUCCAGUUGGAAGAAGACAAGCAGCGAAUCAGAGAGCUGAUGAAGCAGACCAACCAGGACUUGGUCAGUGUGACCAAAGCCCUGUUGAAGACCAGUGGAGACUUCUCUGCUGCUCUGGAGCAGCUUUUGAACCCCUCCACCAACUCUGGACCACUCUGGAGUCGCAGUGAUGACAGUCUUUUGCUCUCAGCUGAUCCCGUGGUCCGACAGCAGCUGCAGGAGAAAUACGGUGAGGAGGGUGUUGCCAAAAGAAUCAUGUUCCUCGAAGUAGCGGGAUGAAAAUGAAAGACAGGUCAGUACAGUUAGAAAACGGGAAAAUAGCAGAUCUGGACAUACGGAGUAUACUAAUAUUGAAAGGUAGAAAGUCAAAAACAUUAAAUGAUUAAACAAAUGAUUUAUUAUUUAACAUUCUAAAGUGGAUCAAGUAGAAACUAUUAUUUGUGCCAUGUAUCUAUGCUUUUGUUUGGGGACCAAAUCUUUUAAUGUGUUUUAAAAUACUAUUUUAUGUGUUUUAAAUCAGUUCAUUUUUUUCACUAUGGAAUAAAUCUCCUAUUUUAGAACAGAUUGCUUUUGAAUGACUGAAAGAAAAAUGACCCGUGAAAUUGGUGAGUUCAGCUAGUGGUCGCAGAUAAAUGAAAACUCGGGUCAAGACAAGAUAAAUUGGUUCCCUUUAACCAAAAAAGUUGCUGCUCUGAUUGUAACAAAACGUGCCUCGACUACUUGAGUAUUAGAGAUGUUGUAAAGGUCUUGCAUUUUUCAUACACUGUGACAAUAUUCUCCAUGUAAGUUAAAAAAAGUAACAAGGUGAUAUCCACUUUAUAGUAAACAGAAAAUAGUGUGUAGAAAAUUAAGACCAUUUUUUUAAUGAAUGCCAAGAAUGACCAGUUUGAGUAAAGUCAUUAAUCUUUACUGAACUGGAAGGUAAUGAUUUGAUUAGGGAAAUCACACUGUCCAACAAUUAUUUAUUGAUUGUACAACCCCGAUUCCAAAAAAGUUGGGUCACUGUGUAAAACUUAAAUAAAAACAGGAUGCAAUGAUUUGCAUUUUUUUUUACCUCUAUUCAACUGAGUACAGUACAAAGAGCAGAUAUUUAAUGUUCAUGCUGAUAAAAUAUUGUUUUUUUUGUAAAUAAACACUUAU